CAUGAUGCAAGCCCAACUGUAAUGUUGUAUGGUUGCUUCCAGAAAACCUGUUUAUGGAGUGUUCAUCUUGAUCUGUUCGCACAAAAUCUGUGUGGAUGCUACACAACAUUGCUGUCAAGUGUCAGUUGUUCCACAUUUCCUCACCAUUACUUUUCUUACCAUGAAAUGUCUUAUUUUUAAAAAAACACACACACUACAAACGGUUUAUUGCACAGAAGUGCAGCAGUGCUGUUGCUAUUUAUCAUAAGGUACCCACUUCAUUGCACAAAUGAUACAUACAAGCAUCUACUCAGAUGGGGGAGAGAUCCACACAAAAGUGUUGCUGACAGCUUGGAAGCAAACUAUAUAAUCUCCAUUGCUAGGCAAAUACCUUUCAUUGUGGCAGCCGAGGUAAAAAACACAAUGUGCAUCUAGCCUCUCAGGUAAAUUCAGUGUACAUGAAGACACACUGCAAUACUCUAGAUGCCGAUCAGAAAGAACUAGGCUACCCAGUGCCAGUUGUAUAACGAUUUGUGCUAUUACUGCACCAACAUUUUGCUUUGCUAAACAGCGGCAGCUGACUACCAUUUGCUUAUAUACUUGAAAGGAAGUAAAUGAGUGCACUUGACAUCUCUGGAGUAGGCAAUGCUAAACAUGCUUCUUGCUUAUCUCAGUCAUUCAACUCAUAAAAAAUCUCUGAGUUAGAUUUUACAGUAUUUGCAAAGUUCUGUUUCAGCUUUUGUUUCUGUUAAUUAGUCUCUCUCUCUCCCUCCCUCGUAUUUUAUGGACACAUGGGUGCUGUGUACAAGGAGCAGGUCCACUUUAGGCCUGAAUCAAAGUCUGCUUUCACAAAGCUAUGAUGAUCCUUCUACUGCUAACGCUGAACAAACCAGAUCCAUCUCCAUCUCUGUUGUAUAUUCUUUGUGAGCGAGUGAGCAGAAUGAUACAUUAUAUUUUAAAUGAUGCACCAAAGAUAUACACCAUCUAGAGGUUGGGCUGUCUCUCGAGAUAUCAUUGCCAAACUCAGCAUGAAUGAUCCCAAGAGGCAAGUGGGGGUCUAUGUCAAUGUUUGGAUGCCUGGUGCCAUUUUGAAACAAGAUGGCAGAUCAAAACGUGACUUUUACAUGAAUUCAUCUGUUUCUUGGCAAAGGGGUUGGCUGCCUAUAAAUAUAUUGCUGCCAAACUCAGCAUGAGGAUUUCCAAUGUGUAUGUGAGGGGUGGGGGGUGGUCUUUGCCAGGCACCAUUUUGAUUGUGACUUUGCCUAUUUUUGGUGUAAGUUUGGUGUAAGUUUCAAUAUAUUGUCACCAAACUUGACACAAGGAUUCCCAAGGUGGAGGCGGCACUCUUCAUUGACAUUUGGACACUGUGUGCCAUUUUGAAAUAAGACAGCAGACCAAAAUGUGACUUUGGUGUGACUUAACCCAAUUAUUGGUGUGACAGGUCCAAACUCACAACUUACACUGUCCAUCUAAAAAUCACAAUGUUUUGGGAUUUCUAAGCUUCCUGAGCAGUUCUGGGCACUCUUUUAGUAAUAUCAUAAUACUGUAGUGAUAUUAAUCUUUCUAAGUGCCAUAGUUUUCCACUAGGACCCUAAAACCAAUUUCCCAAGUAACUGUUAAUUUGGAGCACAAAACCAUACUUUGCACUUCGUGCUCAUUAGCAUUUAACAGUCCAAUUAUACAAGUGUGUUUAGGAUCGUAGGCUACAUCUCAUUCUGUUCCUUGGUCACCUACAAUUCCCAAAGUUUCCACGAAAAAGGGAUUGAUUAUGAAAGUGCUGUGAGAGCGGUUGGUCCGAUAAGACAAUAGGACUCCAGAAUUCUUAAGGAAAAGUUUAUCAAGUGAUACCAUAGUGCUUUAAAAGUAUGACGUGCGCGCGUGGGCCAUGUCUCUCCAACAAGCUGCCAUUGCGUUGCCCAGCCAAACUCCACCACCACUCCCAACCAAAGACAACGCUUGCUACACAUAGAUUUGGGUCGUUCUCUGACCCUCUAUGCAAACCUAGCCAAGGACUACCUCCUUGACCACUUCUUCAUGGAGAAAAAUGUCUCACACCGUCACAAAUGAAAGAGGCUAUUAGCUUUGUUUCCCCAUCUUAGAAUAUUCGUGCUGCAAAUGGGCUGUCUAUAAGCGUCUAAAGUAAGAGGUAAAAGAAUGGGCAUCCCUGAAAGGAUUUUGACAGUAUGGCUGAGGAUAAACCAAAUGAGGAUCAGUAGCUGGUCUUGCCUUUUAAAGUUACCCUGCUUUUUCUACAUUCUAGGCUUAUCACAGAUGAUGUCUCCAUUACUAGAUAACUGCAAACACAUGCAUGCUCCAUGAGAAUCAGCAGCACAGGCUUUUGAACACUUGCUUUUUAAAAGAAAUAGUGCAUAAAGAAGGUAUCAUGGUUUUAAGUUUUAUAUACAUACUGAUUUUUUAUUAGUGAAGUACAAUAAAAGCGUGGCCUGAAAUUCUGGAGGUUGACUUCCUUCCAGUAUAGCAGCUUAAAUUCCACAGUAAAACUGAAGCACUUUUCUUAUCUUGAUGCUCUAUUUCUGUCGUUUACUUUGGUGCAUUACCGCCAUACUUGAGGCUGGUACGCAGCCUGUGGAAAAAGUCAGAAGUUUACAUCAAAGACAGGAGCUAACAUAAACCCACAUCGAUCAGAAAGUAAAGAGGUAGAAGUUCUACAACAAAUUAAACAAGCUCAGCACAUUAAAUGGAAUGAAGUUGUUGCAUAGCAUGGCAGGAGAGUUCUCUUUUCUUCUCGCAUGCAUGAGAAACCUGGCAUUGACUUGACAAUGGUUACCAAGAUUGUAAAAUACUGUGCCUACAGUGCUUUCAGUGUCCGGGCUGGAAUUUUUUAGCUAACCAUUUUUUAUGAUAUGAAUUAACAUUUACUGCUUCCGCUUCCCUGAAAAAGGAACAGUGUCGCAAUCUGCGAAAGACGGGAUUAAAAAUCACCUGCUUUGCUGGGGAUUCUGGGAGUUGUAGGAACAGAGAUUUCGUCCUAGGGAAGCGCCGCUGCUAUAGGCGGAAGGGAUUGCAUGAUGCGAGGUGCCCUAAUUUGCAUGGCUGGUCACUAUUGGCCAGAGAUUCAGGGAACCUCGUUCUCCCUGUCGCGACAGCUACACCCUUGUAGGGCUUAGGAUCCACUCCGGGAAGCAGUUCGUCUCCAGAGUCUCAACAUGUCCGAGCAAGGAGAGCCCGUCGGCCUCACCGAUGAAGCAGCUUUCAGUGCCUGCUCCGACCCUCACCCCAGCACGAAGGUAAAGCGAGGAGAUGAUUUUUAAUGUGUGCAUAUAUAAAAUGGGAGGGAGGGUUGCUUUUUGUAGGGGGCGCAGAAUUGCAAAGCGUUGGGAAGUUGCAUUAACUCCUUGCAGGGGAUCUCUCCCUCUCCCUUUGCAAGCGGCGUGCAAAAGAGACGGGCUCGGUUCUCUUUUCGGGCUUGGAGAUACAGAGCCGAGACAGGGCCAGCCAGCGAUCGCCUUUCACCCGAAUAUUUGCGUGGCUGAACUUUAGCGCCGUGACCCGAAGGAUCAUAUCUCUCCCGGCAUGCUUGAGCUCGCCGGCUAUCGCGGUUUAGAGCCUCUGUGCGAUCUGUUCUUGGUGCGGAGCUGUAGUCUUUCCUGGGAGAGUAUAUUGCGAGAUCCUUUAUCCCACGUUUGCCUUGCUUUAGCUGUCCGACUAUUACAAGCGCCCAGGCCUCUGCAUUUCCAUUUACUUCGAAAUGCCCUACUAAGUAAAGCAUUGUUUACAGGGCAAUCCUACUACACACGCUUUACUGAGAAAUAAGCCUCGUUGAGUUUGUGUAGCAUUUCAGCCUAACUCGUGUAAGGUUGUGGCCUCGCUUGGGCUGCACACUAAGCCCCCUUCAAGACAGUAGGACCGUUGAGAGAACCUGUUUGGAAAUGUACGGCUAGUGGCUUUAAAAUACCAUUUCUUGCAAUGCUUUUGCAUGCAUAGAAAUAAUCUGGAAUAAAGACACUGUACUUCAGGCAUAGGCAAACUCGGCCCUCCAGAUGUUUUGGGGCUACAACUCCCAUGAUCCCUAGCUAGCAUGACCCGUGGUCAGGGAUGAUGGGAAUUGUAGUCCCAAAGCAUCUGGAGGGUCAGUUUGCCUAUGCCUGCUGUACUUGAACCCCAAUCAAAGCAUUUUGCUCAGUCCCAUUUGUUUCUGUGUUGGACUAGGACACAGGGUUUGACUGUUAUUGCACAGUCAUAUGUAUUUUAAAAACCAUCUGGAACUGUUGCAUCUUGCAACCCCAGUUUAAAAUACAGGCAAUUCCCAAUUUUCACAGGGGUUAGGUUCCAAGGCAAGUGUGUGUGUGUGUGUGUAUAAUUUAUUUUCGAUUUUAAAAAAUCCAAUCUAUGCCACAUUGUAUCAAUACCAGAUUACCCCACACAUUUCUCAUUAACAUUUAAAAAUAAUCAAGAAGAACACAUUUUUACACACAUACCCCAAAUCCCCAGACUUCCCUCCACCCCCUCUUCUGGUUCUUUAAAUAAACCAAAUCAUCUUACAUUCCAGAUCCCUUUACCCAGUUUUCCAACUACUAAACAAUUAAACUUGUGGUGUACAGCACAGAUGUUUUAAACAUUCAGACCAUUUUAUACAUUACACAUCUAUGCUUUCAUGCUAUUUCCCCUUCUAAUUAUCCUUACUGUUGCUUUUUGCAAGCAUUUAAUCCAUGUCUGCUGAUGUCCCAAUUUAUUUACAACCGCUGGCCCCUAAAUAAAAACCAUUUUCCAGACUGUUAUCCAUUCUUUUUUCCCUACUUUGGCAUAUUUAAAUCUCCUCUGAAAAUGGCUUCCCAUUUCAGCCCUUCUUCCUUCCAAAUUUCUCUCUGUCUCCACAGCUGUGAUUUCACCCAAAUUUCUCUAACUAUUCUCUGUCUGUACUCGUAUUUAAAGCUCCUUAAAGUCUCAGUUGUGUUUAUUGAGCCAACUUCAAGCUUCUUCCUUCUUUUAUUCCUCCCAACAGGAAAUCUUAUAAUCCUCAGCAAAGCUCUUCAUGUACCAUAGAUUCCGGAGUAUAAGAUGACUUUUUAACCCUGGAAAAGAGUUUUAAAAGUCGGGGUUCGUCUUAUAUGACGGGUAUGGGCAGUGCGGAGCAGAGCCCGCCCGCUGCUGUGGUGGUGGCGGCUCUGAAGCAGCAGCAGCAGCCGCCGGUGCGGAGCUGCCCAGCGUAUUAGGUGACUGGGCUUAUAAGACGAACCCCCAAAUUGCAGCUGCCAAUUUGGGGGGUCGUCUAAUAGGCCCAGUCGCCUAAUAUGCCAGAAUCUGUGGUAUCUUAAUCCAAGUCUCUUCUGCUGAGUUCCUCAACACAGUACAAAAUUAAAUUCCCAAUUUUAUAAUCCAAUUAGUGAUAAUAAUGCAAUUAUGAUAGAGUUGUUAAGAACUUUCCUUUCCACAACCAUAAACGAAAGGUUUGAGACAGUGGUGUUAGGGCUCCUUGACUCUCCCAGGAGUCUGGCACCACCUUCCCUUUUCUGCCUCUCAGCACAGCAUCGUAGCCACUUUUAAAAUCUCCUGAUAUUGACAAUCAGUAAAGAAUGGCUUUUGGUGGCUCAUCAACAGGCACUUGCUAUAAGUUUUUAAUAAAAUAAGUUCUCUUACUUGCAGCUUUUCGCCAUGUAACGUAAUUUAUCCAGAAAUCGAAGGGUGGACCUCCUGUUUUAACCCUUCAUGUAUCACCAAAUUUAGUCUAAUUAAAUCCAAUCUGAUUCUCCAAUCAAAAUUGUAGAAGAUGCAAAAUUCCCCUUAUCCUCUUAUUUCAGCUUGAAUCUUUUUAGUUGAGAAUCUCCUGCUGACAAUAGGCAGCUCAAAGCUUUGUCCCACAGAGUCACAUUGCAGCUGAGAGCGCUCUCAACUUCUCUCCACCUCUCCCCCCCUCCCGCUUGCCAUUUGGCAGUGGUUUUUUCGGGGGAGAUUUGGCGCUCUGCCGGGCCGCUUGACACUCUGCACACCUUUGGAGGUGCCUUGCCAUGGCGCCCUCACCUCUAACCUCUGUGGGCUCGGGUCUGUCCGGAGCUGAGACCCGCGCUCCUUAUUCUGUCGGCAGGAAACCGGAAGUGAAAUUGUGUAUAUUUGAAAGACCACUGGAAAUGCUUGCAAACACCCUCUAAACCUCUGGAAACCCUUAAAAAACCUUUUGAAAAAACAGCAACACUUGCCAGACAUCACAAUCUCGUCCUUCAAACCUCCUUGCUCAAAAUUAUUCAAAAACCAAAUUAAUCAAUUUGAGAUGACUUCCUGUGUACUGGGUUUCAGCUUACAAAGUUCUUAUUUCUUCCUGCUUUCAUAAUCUUAAUUAAUCCAAUAACAACAGUUCCAGUCUUAAUCCUUUGUUGACAGCCACUGGUUUCUUGACUUUCAUUCAUAGUUACAUAUAUAACUUUUAUUUCUGCAAGUGGAAUUUGUAUCCAAUAAAUUUCCUGUGUGAGAUGUUAAUUCCAUUUGUUUCUUCAUUUUCCCUGCUGUAAUCCAAUCAUAAAAGGCAUCUAUACGUCUACAUUUUCACUUUCUCUCCUCCUCUCAGAAGUUAUUUCCACUGCAUCACCACACCAUCUUAGUUUGUCUGAGCAAAGGUCUGUUCUUGCCACAACUCUUAACUGCUUCCAAGUGGUGUACGAACUCAAUUCUUGGAUGUGGGCUAUACAUAACACUUUAGUUUCCUCAUAAUUCCUAAUAACAGUUUCAGUUAGUUCUGAAUUAGUGAACAUGUUUCUCCUCAGAACUGGAUAAAAUAAGUGUGUACCAUUUAUGCUGCUGAAAUCUCAUAAAUCCCUUUCCCCAUUUCUUUAUAUAAUUUACUUUCUGAAUGGUCUGAAUUUAUUUCAAAGAGAGUUUAAAAAAGAGACUUUGUUGUUCAAAUCAAAUGUUUGUGUUCCUCCGCCACCUCCACAAAGAUCUGAGCUGAGUGGUAAUGUUUUGCCACUGGCAAUAGUAAGUGGAAAGCCCCAAAACAGGGUGUUUUGGGAACAGGGCACUGGCAGCGUUGGAUCUAAAACAUUGUGGGUCCUCUGAGAGGCCCAGUACUUCAGGCCUCUCAGUGAUGCCGGCCUGGAGCUGUUGCAGUGAAAUGGUAAGAAAAGCCGUCCCUUUCUGCCCUUGCUGGCCAAGGUGGCCGUGUUUGGGAUUUGGGAAAGGCUCUUAUUUCUCUGCUCCUCCCCCUCCCCAAGUUUUGCUUGCAUUGUAACAAAGCAGUCUUAUGUCUACUUACUCACAAAUGAGUCUUACUCUAGGCAGUGAGGCUUACUCUUUAAUAAGUAUGUUUAGGAUUGUAGCCUUUCACUUUAACUACAUAAUUUGUUCAUCUGGCACUAUUCACAGAACAGUAAUAAUCUUGAAAGCAUUAACUGUAUAGUUUCUGUACAAUUUACGUUUUGUAUGUGGAGCUCGAAUUAACAAAAUCAUUCAAGUAAAAGCUACAUUCCAGUGUUGAAUGCUGUUCAUGGUUGACAACAGUUUAACAAAUUAUAUAUUUCUGUAGGAUUUUCUGCUACAACAGACGAUGCUCAGGGUAAAAGAUCCCAAAAAGUCUCUGGAGUUUUAUACUAAGGUUCUCGGAAUGACGUAAGUACCAACUGAUUUUUUUGGCUGGCUUUUUUUUCUCUCAUUAGCGUCUCACAAUCGUCUGUUCUAAACUGCAAGCCUGCCAGUCCUGUAAGGAUACGAGAUUGGAGACAUAAUUGCAUGACCUGCUUUUAGCAUGGCUUAAGAUACAACAGAUUUGAACAAGAAUGUAUGCGAAGUAUGAGCAGGCCAGGGCUGAACUGAUACUACCCUUGCUGGUGCCUUUCCCGGGAAAGUCAGAGGCUCACUAUGUCAGGUUCCUACUGGAAGACCGGACAAAAGCUAGAACGUUGGCAGUGGCAAAGUUUUUAUCGGUGGUUGCAAGAACAAACGAGCCCUAUAUUCUAAACAAAGUGCUUGAUUAACCUGGAGGUAGGCUGUAUGAACUCUGUACUGAUUUGUAAUGUUUUGUUGGGUCUCUGGACCGUAAUAAAGAUUGUUGUUGUUGAACAAGAAUGUUUCUAAAUAUUUCGUGUUGGUGAUACAGAGCUUAACAGUGGGACAUAAAAGUUCUGCCUCUCCUAGAACUGUGAAGUGAUCCAUACCAUGGUGAACAAACUGCUCAUCUACCUGCCCCACCAACUGGUAGAAACUGGUCAGAGAUUAGAGCUUGGUAAUGUUGCCUGUGAAACAGCAUUCCUGAGUAGAAAUUACAUGCCCUGGUGAUUCUGAGUUCUCUCCACACCAUGGAAUUCUGUUUGCUGCUAGAGGGAGCAAUGGGAGGUUGGAGAGGCCCUGUACUCUAGAUCAGUGUUGGAAAUUAGCCAUGUGCCAGGAAUGUAGUUUGGGUCCAAUUAUGCCCAUGUGGUGAUCUCUGGAUGCCAAACUGCUGUCUGAUGAAAGCAAAAUGUCACUUAGAGAAGGAUCUGAAAUCUUUUCUUUGAUGCCUGAAUUUGUUUUAUACUGAUGUUUUAAUGUGUUGUAAAUGGCUUUGAGAUUUGUUCUUUAAAAUAUAAAGUGGUACAGUGGACUCUCGGGUUGCGAACGUGAUCCGUGCGGGAUGCACGUUCGCAACCUGCAGCGUUCGAAACCUGUGUCUGUGCAUGCACGGGUUGCAAUUCAGCACUUCUGCGCAUGCGCAAAGCGCGAUUUAGUGUUUCUGCACAUGCGCGACCGCCGAAACCCGGAAGUAACCCGUUCCGGUACUUCCGGGUUUUGGUGGUCCGUAAUCCGAAAAAAACGCAACCUGAAGCGGCUGUAACCCAAGGUAUGACUGUAUAGAAAUGAAAUGAAUAAUAGCAAUAACAAAACUUUCUGAAGAAAAAAAGGCACCUAGACAUAGAGCCUCAGUGGUGGUCGGUUUGGAUUGCUGUCCAAGUAAGCAUGCCGAAAAAACAUGCUGUGCACUUUUUAAAAUUAAAAGGCAAACAGCCCCAACUAUUUGUUUGCGUCUUCUUGCCUAUGGCAUACACAUGGGACAUAGUACUGUAUUGUCCCAUAAAUGGCAGUGGUGAGAGUAUCAUGUUCUGCAUUUCUGGCAGUCUUGUUAUAACUAUGAAGAACAACAGUAAAUGUUGACUUUCUAGACUACAGUAAUUGAGUGCGUUAGUCUUCUGCAGUAAAAACACCAAAUUACCUUGUGGCGCUAUAAAAAAAGAUUAUUGCCUAAAUUUUCUUUUGAUCUAUCUCUGAAGUGGAUUCUUGUCUGCAAAAGCUUGCAUCAUCAUAAAUUUGUUACCCUUUAAGGUGCCACAAGGCUUAUAUUUUCUAAAUGUUCAUAACCUUUUUGACAUGAACAUGAGAACUUGAUUACAAAACUUAGAAUGUCUUUGGUGAGUGUGUUAUCUGUCUGCUUUUCUCACAUAAAUUUAAUUUCAAUAUGUUUAUGUUCUAGCCUACUCAACAAGUUUGACUUCCCUGCUAUGAAGUUCUCCCUCUACUUCUUGGCUUACGAAGAUAAAAAUGAUAUUCCAAAAGAUAAAAAAGAGGGAAUUGCGUGGACUCUGUCUAGAAAGGGCGUAUUAGAACUGACUCAGUGAGUGUUAAAACUGUGUUCUGUAAAUCAUGUUUUUUCCUUGUAUUUUGAUUAUUCUGCUGGUUAUUAAUAUAGUUGAAGCAGUGUUUGACUUUCUUGUGAGCAGAGUGCCUUUCUUACACACCAGCUAGCUUUAGGUGUUCAGCUAAACCCUCCUGCACAUUCAUACUGGAGUGGACUGUCCCAGAUUACACCUGAAAUGCAGAAGUAGCAGCUACAGAAUGAAAAUUACCUCCUGGCAAAUGUUUAGUCUGCAAAGUUUAACAUGUGGCAAGGAGUACAGAAUUGUUUGUGACAGCAAAGAAGUUGUGUUCAUUAUACAAACUCUGCUUCUCAAAGCUUAUGCUUGUCACUUAACACUGAAAUAAAAUGCACAUAUUUGGCAUAUGUUGCAAAUCAUAACAAAAUCUAUUUUGGUGCUUGUCAGUAUGUCACCAUACGAUGCUAGUGUGAAAAUGAAAGCAUAUCCAGAAUGUUUUGACUAAAAUGUUAGGCAUCAGUAGAUGCUAAGAAUAAAUCCUAAUAUAUUCUUGUCACUUAACUACAACAAAACUCCCCCUCAAAUAUCUAGUAUAGUGAACAUGGUUGGAAGCAGAGCAUUGAUUAAAUAAUAGACUGAACUUUGCCUGCACCUUCCUUUAUUUCGGUGCUAGGACAAGCUUGUUUGUCGCUCUCUGAAAUUGCAUUUGAGACUUUUUGAUUUGGUGUGCUUUUUCAUACAGGAAACUUUUUUGUGAUUAAUGAAGGGGCAGCACUAGAGAGUGGGAGCAAUGCCUGAGAUUGUCCUUUCUGUUUCACUACUAUCGCCCCCAUCUACACUAUGCAUUUGAAGCAGUAUCCUGGAAUCUGUAGUUUGUAGUGGAUGCUGAGAGUUAUUCGGAGACACCUAUUCCCCUCACAGAGAUACAGUUCCCUGAGUGGUUUAAACAGUCAGUCUUUCUUCCCAGGGGAACUUUGGGAGCCUCAAAACAUGGUGAAGUUCCGCACAAGAAAACGGUCAGUUGCGCUACAUUGCUUCUGUCAGGCCAGUUUCUGACAAAAAGUUUACAACAUUUGCCAGCUCUUUUUCAAGUUAUGAAAAAAGGUCCUGUUUGUCCUCCAAAUUCCUUCUAGGUUCUUAUGGUUUUUUUCCCACACACCUAUCCUGGAAUUCCAUUCCAUUAUACUUCAUAGUGUCUUUUUUGUCAUUUCCCCCCACAUCUGCUCUAGCAUUUCUACGAUGCAACUGGUUUUUGAUGCUGAUUCUUCAGUCUUCCAUCUUCUUGGCCUUAGUUUGCUUUGAGCAAAACAUAAUUACAAAUAUAAAAUGGUUCUGAUAUUUGUCAAUGAAGUGAAAAGACUUCCUUCAAUAAAAUGGCAUUUUCAAGUGAAUAAUGUUAUAUUAAUAUCAUCUUAAUCCAUGACUUAAUAUUUGUUUAAUAUUGAUUCUAAUAACUUGGAAAGAUUUGUCAUUUUAUCUGUUCAUGUUGUAUACCUCUGAUGGCUGGUCUCUUCUCCUCAGAAGUACUGUUAAAUGUUCUCUUUUGCUAUUGUAAUAACUGUGUUUAUCAUGAUGCAUUCUUACUUUUGUUCUUAUUCUCUUUCCCUCCCCACCCCCCACAUCCCUCUCCUUCUUUUCUAGCAACUGGGGCACUGAAAAUGAUGAGAGUCAGGCUUACCACAAUGGCAAUUCAGAUCCCCGAGGAUUCGGUAUGUUGUAAAGCAGGGGUGGUUAGCCUCUUUGGGAUCAAGGGCUGCACUGACCCAUGGUCAGUCUCUUGCGGCCAAAGUGUAAAAGUGGGCAUGGUCAAUUAAAAAGGAUACAUUCUGCAGGGUGGGGUUGGGGAUCUUGAAAUCACUAGAACAAUUUGGAAUCACAGAAUCACAAUAGGCUACUAGCAAGAGUGGUCAGUAAAAGUAAAUAAAUUAUUAUAAUUUUAAAUGACAAGUGGGCAGGGGUUUUGGAAGGUCACAAAAAGAGAUUUUAGUAUUACAAUGGGUAACCUAAGGGAGUAGUCGGUAAUUUUUAAAAACACUUUUAAAUUGGAAAAAUUUGCCUCAGGGUAAAAAGCCUCUUGGGGGAGGAGCAGAUGCAGGCUGUGGUAAGUCACCCCUGUUGUAAAGAAAGCUGAUGUGGGUAAUGCUCACAUUUCUUUGUCUUCCUGUGAAUUUCAGCAAAACCUGUCUUAACUAGUAGAUGCCAAGAACAUAGGUAUAAUCCAAUCCCAGAGUUUUCACCAGGUUUUAUAGACUAAAAGCUAAUUGGGGUAACUGAACUUAUUAUAAAGGCGGAAUAACUGGAUUCAUAAUUACUUCAGAGAAUUUGGCACAAAAUCUUGAGAGCAAUUUCUACAUCUUGAAGCAACAGUAGUUAAGGGUGUGUCUUGAAUAAAUGUGUGGAUCUGGUGCACACAUUAUUCUGCAUCUUUCUCUUUCUGACGCACAACCCUUUAGUAAGUGUUCCUCUAGGGAGGAAAAGAGUGCCAUUUUCCUGUAGGUGCUCCAACUCUGAUGGCAGUGACUCAUAAACUGCAGACAAUAGUACUUUCUUUCAGUUAAAGUUGGUUUUUCAGUUGUGUGUGCCUUGUUGCCGUUACCCUAUCCCCCCCGGUGCCCCACCAGUUUGGUUUGUCAUGGGUGUUAUUCCUGUCACAUCAUAGAGCUAGCCACAGUUGGUGUGCCUGUUUUAAUGGAAAGGUGACAUAAAGCCAACUUAGAUGGCUUCAGAAAGGGAUGGGGAACCUGUGACCAGGUGUUGUUGGGACUAUGACUUUCAUCAUCCUUCACUGUUGGACAUGCUGACUGGGACUGAUGGAAAUGCCACUAGUUCUGAUGGGUAUAUGCUACCUCCAGGAUCAGCAGCAUGCAUCUAAAUAUCUGUUGCUGUGGUCCAACUGUGUGAGAAGGACGUGGGAUGUGAUGAUGUGGGAUUCCCCUUAGGCUUCACAGCUCAUUGGCCAUUGGUGGGGGGGAGGGGAACAGAUGCUGCGCAAGAUAGGCAGUGGGUCUAAUUUAGCAGGGAUCACUCUUAAGCAAAUGUUUGAUGAACAAACUAUGAAAUCCUCUCCCCCACACAAAAACUAUCAACCAUUUAAAUGAAGAACUGAGGAUGGCCAGCUUCUGCAUUCUGUUUUCCUGUUGUUGUUGGGUCUAGAAGCAUAUUUUCACACAACAUUCCCCUGCAUUAAGAGGUCAGAUAUCAACAAGCGCUUCACAGUGAUUGUCUCUGUGUACUCUGAUGUAGCUUGGAUUAUGCAUGCAAUACCGUCCCCAGAGAACCAUAACAUACAUUUAUGCUAUGGUAUAAAUUAACUCUGGUAUAUUAAGUACACUUUCUACAUUGUAACAAAAAAUCUGAUUUGCAAUUGAAUUAAGAAAAGAAGGUUUUAUUCACAUUUGUAUUAAAAGCAUCAUUGCCUUUGGUUACUUUGUUAUUUUUCAGGUCAUAUUGGAAUUGCUGUUCCUGAUGUAAAUGCAGCUUGUAAAAGAUUCGAGGAGCUGGGAGUGAAAUUUGUCAAAAAACCAGAUGAUGGUAAGUCUUUGGUGUAAAUAGUGGCUCUCAAAUUGUAAGAGCAUGUGUUUGUUUACUUGUUUGCUUGCUAAACUAAUUUUAGAGGCUUGAAACAUGAAUUUGUUGAGGACUUCUUCUAUUAAAGCUUAUAAACUAUAUUUCUCUUUUGUAGGUAAAAUGAAAGGACUUGCUUUUAUCCAGGAUCCUGAUGGCUACUGGAUUGAAAUCCUGAAUCCGAACCAUAUGAUAAAUAUAAUCCCGAUUGGAAAUACUGCAUAGUGAUCUUGCCAUCAAGAGACCGAAAAUUCUUAACAAUGUCCUCCUGAUUUAACAAAAAGUUGUUCUAGUCAUUCGCCAAAUGAUAAACAAAUAGGAAUAAACAGUAUUCCCUUUCCCCUUGCUAUGUCUGCAAAGGUAGGAGAUGGGAAGCUUCCAUUUCUAGCUUGUGGUGAGCUAUACUUUGCCAUUUUGACAAUGCAGGAAGCUAUGGUUUGCCACCCACAAACUUGGAAGUGUAAGCUUCUAAUAUCUUUUCCUAAUGCACGAACAAAUGCAAGGAGGAUGCAUAUGAAUGAGGCUUAGCGCUGCUUAUUUUCAUAAGAAAAGGCUAUGGUUUGUGCUGACUGUAUUUAAGAACCCACACGGUGGUGUGCACUUCCAAAUGUACAACAGAUAAACUGUGAUUUUGAGCUGCUUAUCUUUUGUCUUUGAUCUGCAUAUUUCACAAGUUCUUUCCUGUCUGCACAGAGCAGCAGCAUUUUGAGAUGUAUCAACAGUCAUAACUGGUUUAUCAGUGGUUUGUGAAUUCAGAUGUAAUGGCAGACAAUAAUUAGUGCAAACCAUGAUUGAGCCUCACACAAGUUCAAACAUUUUUUUAAAGAAAAUCCCAUAGUUUGCCAUACUGCUUGAAUGUAGCCAGUAUGUUCUGGAAUUAGUUACUUGGUUUAUCCUGCACAGAAAUCAUAAUUGUAACCUUUUCGUAGCUGGCCACAUUUUGUAGUAUAUUAUGGCCAGAUUCUUAUUCUUAGUUAAUUUUUAGUUUUGGUAUGCAAUAUGGCUGCAGUUGGAUUAUUUAAACAUGCUGGCAAAAUACAAGACUGUUUAGAUCUUUCAUGUUUUAUGAACUGGAAGCAAAUACUGAAGUCUUGCUCCUUUUCUCUUUGAUAUUGGCAAAGCUGCAUUUGUUGAGGAUUUUUAUCAUGACCCCUUCAUGGGUGUAUAAGACUACUUCAGCUGCAGUUACUAGUGAUUAAGGCCCAUUGAACUCGUGAGAUAUGCUUCUGAGUAAGACAUAUAUAGAAUUGCACUGUUAGUCUGCAUUGUUCCUGAAUCCAGUUGUUGCUUUGUGCCUUGAACCCGAGUACACAGGUUACUAUGAAUGAAAUGGCAGUGUGCAGUUAAAGAUGAACAGACAAGUACUACACUUACGGUAUGAAUGCUAGUUACAAGUGCUUGAAGUGGGGUAGGAUGCCAUCCUACUUUUCAGGCAGACAUAAUUCACUUUGGCUUAGCCAUCCCAUUUUGUUCCUCUCCCACUUCGUGCACUGCUGUAUAUCACACCCACAGUUGCCUUUCAGGAGCUAGGUGGCAUGAUACGUAUUUUCUUCUUAAUAUCAAUUUUGUCUUGGUAUACAGUAGCUCUAAUAUAAACUAAAGCCUAGAUGUCUGAAAUGUUAAGGUACAACCUGUUGUGCUCUUUACCUGUCUUCAGUGGGUUUCUAGUUGUUUCCAAGCUCUCCCAAGGUUUACAAAACUGACACAUGAACUAGUUGGUCUUCAUCAGUGUUUAAUUUGUAUUGACACAUUUAGACUAUGCAAUCCACACUUUGCCGAAUAGCCCUGACUCAACUGUCUUUGUUAAUUGGGGCAUUGUUAGCAGCACUUUAGAUCUCCUUUUGGGAUUAACCAGCCUUGAGUGCAGUGUUGACAUCAAAUAAUAAUAAUAAAAAUAUUUUCAAGUU